AGGGGCCGGGGCGUGGGUCCCGAGCGGGAGGGGGGAUGGGAGGCCUGCGGCUGCUGGCGGUGGCCCUCACCUGCUGCUGGUGGCCGCCGGGCGGCCAGGGUAAGACCCUGCGGGGCAGCUUCAGCAGCGCCGCGGCCCGAGACGCUCAGGGCCAGAGCAUCGGCCACUUCGAGUUCCACGGUGACCAUGCUCUUCUGUGUGUCAGAAUCAACAACAUAGCAGGAGCUGUUGGGAAAGAAGCUAAACUCUACCUGUUCCAAGCCCAGGAAUGGCUAAAGCUCCAGGAAAGCAGUCAUGGUUAUAGUUGCAAUGAAAAAUUGUCCAAAGCUCAGUUGACAAUGGCCAUGAAUCAGACUGAACAUAAUCUGACUGUGUCCCAGAUUCCAUAUCCACAAACGUGGCACGUGUUUUAUGCAGACAAGUAUACGUGCAAAGAUGACAAUGAGAAUUCUCUGGCAGAAGAUAUCCCAUUUGAAAUGAUGUUACUAAACCCGGAUGCCGAAGGGAAUCCAUUUGAUCAUUUUAGUGCUGGAGAAUCUGGGCUACAUGAGUUCUUCUUCCUCCUAGUCCUUGUGUACUUUGUGAUUGCCUGCAUUUAUGCUCAGUCAUUGUGGCAGGCUAUUAAGAAAGGAGGACCCAUGCACAUGAUUUUAAAGGUCCUGACAACUGCAUUGCUGUUACAAGCUGCUUCGGCUUUAGCUAAUUACAUUCAUUUUUCCAGUUACUCCAAAGAUGGACUAGGGAUACCUUUUAUGGGAAGUUUGGCAGAAUUUUUUGACAUUGCUUCCCAAAUUCAAAUGUUAUACCUGCUUCUGAGUCUGUGUAUGGGUUGGACAAUAGUGAGGAUGAAGAAGUCUCAAAGCAGACCUCUCCAGUGGGAUUCUACUCCUGCAUCCACUGGCAUUGCUGUAUUCAUUGUCAUAACGCAGAGUAUUUUGCUACUUUGGGAACAGUUUGAAGAUACCAGUCCUCACAGCUACCAUUCACAUCACAAUUUAGCAGGGAUCUUGCUAAUCAUUUUAAGAAUUUGCCUAGCAUUGUCAUUAGGCUGUGGACUCUACCAGAUCAUCACAGUGGAGAGAAGCACGCUGAAAAGGGAGUUUUACAUCACAUUUGCCAAGGGCUGUAUCUUGUGGUUUUUAUGCCAUCCAGGUCUCGCAUGUAUUUCUGUCGUUUUUAGUGACUACCAAAGAGAUAAGGUUAUUACAAUAGGUGUUAUCCUUUGCCAGUCCGUUUCCAUGGUUAUUCUCUACAGACUCUUUCUGUCCCACAGUCUAUAUUGGGAAGUCUCUUCACUUUCUUCAGUAACACUACCACUGACCAUAUCAUCUGGGCACAAAAGUCGGCCUCACUUCUGAUACUUGAUUUUCUUUAAAGGAAAAGUGAAUUGAUUUGAGAGUGCAAUAAGGAUCCAAAUGCAGUGACUUUUCUUUCAUACUUGUGGUAUGGAAAAUUGAACAAAGAAGGCCGAGCAUGUUAUUUAUACAACUGCAUUGAAGCAGUAUCAAACUGAAAAAAGGUAAUAAAUGUUUUGAAAUAUGCUUAAUAAACUUUGAAGAAAGAGUGUUGUUAUAAGGUGAUUUAUGCAAUUUCUCUGUGGAAAUUAAGAUGAAAAAGAAUUAUAUGAUAUUUUGGUAAGAGAUUCACCACUUACGAUGCCUCGUCUCAUAUCAAUAGUUAACUCAGGUUUGAUAGUCUUGUGAAAAGUAAUCAGUUAAAUGAUUACUUGCUUAUACAUAUCUAACUCCAGUUACAAAGUCAGUGUAAUACACUGAUUUAAAACUGCUUCUUUUUAUGCUUUGAGGAAAAUGCAUUUCGUAUUGGAGUUUAAAGGAAUUGAAAAUGAAAUUACUUCAGAAUGUGAAUAUAAAGUAUAUUUAUAGCUAAAUGAAUAAGCUUUUGUUUAUUUGUGUGUGGGGUUCUUCUCCAUUUUCUUCUAUCACUUCUGGCUCUAGUUCAGGUUCUAGCUUGAUUAGCAAAGGGUUUCUGACAGAUGAUUUAUGAAAAAUAACACUUAGAUACAUUACAUAGGUUAUUCGUUACAAAGAGUUCUCAAAUGUAAGCACUUAGGUGAAGAGACAAACAGGGUUCUAUGUUUAAAAAGAAAGAAGGAAAAAGUACUAUGUGAUAGGUACUAAAAUUUUAAUCCUGAUAUAAUUCAUUUCUCUUACAUUGAAUCCCCAAUCAUAAUUAAGCCGUAUACACAGAUUAAAUUAACAGAAGCAUUUCACAUAAAUGUUGGUUUCAGUCAUCAACUACCCAUGAAUUCCUGCCCAAGGAUACUUAAUCAGGAUUAAAUUUUCUAUGAAUAAUUGAAAAACAAAAUACUCACUGGAUUUGUUAUAAUCCGUGUUGGCACUGGAUUCUAAGUAGUUGCCAUCUUGAAUCCUUUGUAAUAAAGCCAUAUUUUUUUGUGUAUGUGAUGCCCCAGUAUUGAGUAUGCUAGCUGCAAAGCACUCUAUCAAGUGCCUGUUUAAAGAAUUGCUAAAUGGUUGUCAAUACCUGCUGUAUAAAAUGAGUAUUCCCAUUAGUAGUCACUGAUUGGAAAGGAUUCUGUUUCUGUGUGUCAUGUCAUUCAGACCUUUUCAUUUUCACAUCUGGCUUUAAAAAAAAUAUUCUUUAUCAACUGUCAAAGGUAUUACAUUUUUAAGCAAGAAAUGGUGCACUGAUCUGGUAAUUAAAGUUUUUAAUUAAGUAGUUAACGUAGCAUAACUUUAAUAUAUCUAUGGCUUCGUCUUUGUUUUUACCUGACACCUAGUCUCAUUGGAAAUGAACAGUAUUCUGUUUCAUUUUAAAGACAAGAUGCAUAGGUUCUUGAGCAGCAAACUGGCAGAAUGGCAGAGGUCAGCCUGCUCAUUAAAUCAUUUUCCUAACAGUUCUCUGUAAAUUAUCUAAUAAAUGAGGGCUGCAGGUUACCACUAGAAAGUCCGAAGUAUAUUUUAGGUUUACGUGAUCUGCUGUGGGGUCACAACCUUUUCUUUUAGCCCGUCUCGCUCAUAACCCCGGUUUCUGUCUGUCGCGUUCAACUGAGGUGCAGUUAAUUAAGCAGGACAAAAAGGUGAAGUCUUUUCCUAAGUGUUGUGAACUUGCAACAGUGGAAAGGGAGUAACUUUUCUGUUGCUUACGCAAAGAUCACAGAAACUGUAAUCCGAAUAUAUGAAAUAUGUUGUUGUGCUUGCAUAUAUGAAACUUUAACAGGUCUUUUUUUACUUUAAUUAUCUUUUAAUUUAUGGUUGAAUUGUUGAUAAUUUAUUUUGUUAUUCAGGAGCCAUUGUUAAAUGAAGGAAAACAGUUGUUAAUAAUUAACAUAUAACACCUAAGACACUGUUAAUAAAUCUAGUAAUCAGAGCUCAGAAUUUAUAGUCCGUAAGUCGUGGCACAGCAUCGCUCUUCUCUUGCUGGAUGUUUGCAGGAGACCUGUCAGCGCCGAGCAUGGAAGGAUAGACUGCAAACUCUCCUUAAGAUCAAAACUGCUCUACUUUUCUUUCUGACAGAUCAUGCUUUCCUAAAUCUGUGUUUACAUUUUUUUCUUAAAGAAGAUGAGUAUGUCCAGAGCUUUUUUUUUCCUUUUUUUUUUCCAUUUUUUUCCAUUUUAUUUCUUCCUUUAGGAGGGUAAAGAAAAUAUUUACUUCUGUUGACACGUGUAACAAUACUAGCUUCUACUUGACUGAAUGUCUGCUGUGCGUCAGGCCCCUUAUCUUCGUCACUGAGCCCUACCGUGCUGGCAGAGCUCCCCUUCAACUGCGUGUGAGAGAGAAUAAGUGAGUUCUCUAAAGGCACCUGACUUCUCUUUCAUUUUUCUACUUCACCCUCAUGAUUUAAUGAGCACCUAUUAGGUGUGUAUGUUUUCAGUGAGAAUGCGUGGCUAUCCAUAGUUAAUUUUGGCUGUUGAUUUUAACAUUAAACCUGAAAUUGUACUGAGGUCAGAAGUGAGGUUUCACGUGUAAGUGUGCACUGAGCACACUUCAGUAUUUGAACCUUGGCUUUCAGCUAGAGGCAAAAGAGCUUGUUUUAGGAAGGCUGUCUGUGGUCUCAACUUGUAGGCUAAGUCUACUGAAACUAGAAGAUUGGCAAGUCCAAGGCCAGCUGUGAUGUAGUGAGACUAGAACACAUGCAUCAACAUGAGCCCUGGCCCCUUCAGCAUGUUGCCCUGAGGAGGCAGUGCCGAUUCUCGGGAAAUUCUUAGGAAAUCCAGAAUUAUUUGUGUAACAUUCUAUUUAAAUAGCUUCAGUGGUGUCAGAUCUUCAAGAUUUUUGUUUGUUUUGAGAAGUAAUAUAACCAAUCAAUUUGAGACCAGAUCUAAAAAGGUAAUACCAUUUUUGGUACCAACAUGAAUUCUUGAGUUGAGACUAAAAUGACAAAAUUGGUUUUCAUGUGAAAUCUGAAAAGCAGUGUGGAAGCACACUGGCCUGAACUCUUGAAUAGUUCUUGAAGGAAUAUUGCUGCUUCCACACUCCGGCAGCCUUUUCUGCACGUCUCCCAGGGCAUCGUGCACAGCAUCCUCUAGGAGUGUGGCUUACAUAGAAAACCA